AGAAACAGAUUUAUACAGUUUAAAAAUGACAAUGGAAAGAUACAGUGAUGGUGAUUUAGCAGUUAAUUCAGUAGCUGCUGAUGAUAUAUCCUAUAGUUUGGUUAAUUAUUCAGAUAUAUCCUAUGACCAAACAAAUAAUGUUACAGAUUGGUAUUUUCCUGUGAUUGACUUAUGUGAAGAUGGAAGAUGGUUAUUAUUUGAAGAUAAAUUGGAAUUAAAUGAUUCAUGUAUUUCAGAAAUUUGUUAUAUUUUUAAAAAAAAACUUUCAUGUGAGUUUCAAACUGAAAUAUUUUUACAACAUCCAUUGGUUAUUAAGAAAUUAAUUAAAUGGCUGAAUGAAAAUAAAGAAACUGAAUUAAUUUUGGAAUGUUUAAAUUAUUUUGUUGAAAAAUUAGUAAAACGUCAUUUUGAAUUUACUUCCGGUUUAUGUGAAAAUGUUGAAAUUGUUGACAAUAGUUCUAGUUCCAACUCUCAAAUAACAACAGGGACUAAUAGUGAGACUACAACCAAUAAUGGAAUUUCACGUUGGGGUAUUGCCAAAUUUUGUGCUUCAUUGAUGCCCACCUUAAUGAAACAUAUUGUCUAUAAUUGCAGUGAAGCUUUUUCAUUAUUUAUAUCUAGUAUACAUCUUUUAUCAUCAAUAGCUGGUAGUUGUAAUAUUACAUUCUACCUAGAAUUAAUAAUUUCUAAUUGUAUGAUUAAACAUACGUUACCAAAUGAACCCUCAUCUUCACUGAUGUUUCUCAUUAUUGCUAAGAAAUUAUUACCAUAUAGCAUAUCUAAUGAACAGUUCAAAGAAGUCAUUUUAAAUAUACUUAAACAACCAUACUGGAUUCAUCUGUAUCCCGAUUUGUACCAUCAACUUUAUAUAAAAAUUAUUAAUGAAGAACUAUUAGAAAAAAAAAUUAUCAAAAUGGUUGAAAAUGUUUAUACUUUAUUAUUUUCUUGUAACUUAGAUAUAAAACAAUAUGGACAUCUACUUAACACCUCAAUGCCUAUUAUAUGGUUUCAUCAAAAGUUUAAUAUAAUUGAUAAAUUUAUUGGAGAUGUAUGUAAAUAUGCCAAUUUAACUGAUCCUUAUAGAAAUGAAUACAGUAACAUUUUGUUAAAUUUACUUUCUUAUAAAUCAUUAGAUGUUGUAAUUCAUACAUAUUCAGCACUCAAUAAAACAGUAAAAUCCAUAUUGAAUAAUUUUCACUCCCAAUCAAACAAAAUUAGUCGGUUAUUAGAACAUUUAUUGUGUACCAAAGUAUUAAAUGAGAUUGUAUGUUCUGGCUGUGCUAAUUCUAAUGAACAGAUAUGUCAGUUAGCAUCAGAAGUUAUAGAAUUAUUAUUGAACUGCAAAAAUACUGUAAAAAUUGAUCAAUGGAAAAAAUUUUUGAGUAAUUUAGUUCCAGUCUUGCCAGUUUUAAACUGUUAUGCUAAUCAAACAUCCACUUUUGGUCAAAUUAUUUUUAAUUUGUUUCAUCCUGAUCAAGCAGAAGAGCUUAAUAUUUCAAACCUAAUGUUACUUCAUUCUAUAAUCAUAAUGUUGUUGAGCAAAGACAAGAAAUGUCGAAUUGAAGCAAAUAAUAGAUUAACAUGGUUUUUACAAACAAUGCUAAAUAAAAGUAUUGAUCUUCCUAAUGACAUUUUUGUAAUUGAAUUUGAUGAUUUGAGUGAAAAAUUAGAAGAACCCAUUGGAGAAUAUAGUACAAAUGAUUUAGAUGAUAUGAUUGAUUUAAUCGAGAAUAAUUCAAGUCAUCAAAUCAUUAAAUGUGCUUUGUAUAAAGUAUCUGUAAUGCUUGAAUAUAAUCAUCUUCAACAACAUUUUAUACAUAAUAGAGGGAUUAAUAUUAUACUAAAUUUACUUAAAUCAACAAAAUUAUUUGUAAAUGAACGGGGUUUAUUAAUUGCUUUAUUAAAAUUAAUUUUAUGUUUCACAAAAAAAAAAAAAUUCACAUCAAAUGAAAAUGAUUUACUAGCAAAUAAUUUUGAUAUCCAACUACAAUUAAUCUCAGUGUUAUCAGAUUUUUAUGACAUUCCACUUGUAAAACAAUAUAUUUUACAAAUUUUGUUUUUCUGUAUUUUUAACCAAUAUUUAACUAAAUUUAAUAAAAUGCCCUCAUUAGUUGUUUGUAAAAUAUAUAUUCCAAUUCAAAUUGACAAGUACUGGAAUUCAAAUAAUAAUUACACUGAUGUAUCAUUAUUUUCAAAAAUUAAAGAGAGCAAAAGUUGUAUGGAUGUUUUAAUAUUAACAUGGAAUUUGAAGCAAUUCGAUAAUACUGAAUUGUUUUUGGAAAAUGGUCUUGACACAAGUACACAGAGCUCAUUAUUUCAUGAAGUCUUCUAUAAUUUUAGAAAAGCUUGUAUUAAAUGGUCUGUCAAAAAGUAUUUGAUUGACUUAAUUGCAGCAAAUUCGCAUCCAGUUGCAUUAUUUAUUCUUGGUGAUUUGAAAAGGUACUUAGAAUUAAGUGUACAUAUUAAGAAAUUCGAUGUCGAUGAAGAAUUAUUAGAAAAUGCAUUGCGAAAAUUUUUGGUAUUGCCUCCAAUUAUGUUAAGUGAUUUACAAACAUUAAUUGUUGUCAUGAAGUUAUUGCAUUUUGUUUUACAAAAAAGAGUAUUAAUUAGUAAAUUUCAUUGGGUUCCUGAUUUAUUAAUGAAAUCAAAAUUUAUGCAUCAUAAUAUGGCUGAUAAUUUUAAUAAUGAUGACAUUUCAAACCAGUUGUGCAAUCAAUUUUUUGUUGAGCUUUAUGAAGUUUAUUGGCUUUGUUUAAAAAACUACAGUCAUUUUUGCACAUUAGAUUUAACAAAGUUGUUAUUUAAUCAAUUACCAUCUAUGAAAAAUGAAUUUGUUUUAUUACAAGUUAACUUGAAGUGUUUAACUUUAUUAACAGAAAAUCAGAAAAAUAUAGAUAUAGAUCUUGUAAAAUUGUUUUUAUCUCAACUUAUUCCAUUAAAAACAAUUUUGAUGAAUAGUUAUAAUGAAAAAAAUGUGCAAAGAAGUUAUUUAAUUAUUUUGAACCACAUUCUUCACCAUACAAUUUUAGUACCAAAUAUUUAUGAGGUUUGGUGUUUAUAUGAUUGGGAAACAUGGACAUGGUCAAUGAUACACAGUACUGAUCCAUUAGUGCGUGCUUUAAUCUUCCAAUUUUCAGCGGGUUUGGCUGUUAUUGAUAUUUCAGUAUCACAUAAUUUAAUUAAUCUUGCAUUAAACUAUUUUUGUGAAAUUCAUUGUUUGGAAAAUUGUAUUGUUGCUGAACAGGCAACUAUAUUUUGCUCAAAUGUUUUUUGUAAUCCCAAGUUCAAAGAUGCAUGCCAUAAAUAUAUUAAUAAACUGGAUUUUAACACUUUUAUUUACUUUAUUAAUUUGUGUUCAUAUGAUGAUUUUAACAAAUUUGAAAAAAGUAAAUUUUCAACAUCUCCAAAACUUGUUGCAAAUAUAUGCUGUAUGCUUUUUAAUAUGAUUACAUUAACCGGAAUAGAUCUACAAAAAUUUGAUCAAAAUAGUCAAUUUUUACAUUCACUAAUUAUAUGUUUAAAAAAAAAAUUAACCCCUGUAUGCAUUGAAGAACCCAAUAUCAUGGAAAUGUGUGGUCGCAUUUGUUCAAUUCUUACAUUAUUUAUUCCUUAUAGCAAUUAUAGUUUUGAAAAUGUAUUAACCUCUUUAAACAUAAUUUAUGAAAGAAUUGAUAUCAAAUUAGAUCAUUGUACAAUAAUGGUAUGGCGAUCAUUGUUUAAACUAACAACCACAAUCAUACAGUAUACAAAUAAUCAGACUUUUAUUGUAACAAAUUAUUUAAUAUCUGCAUUAUUAAAAAGUAUAACUUCCAUAAAUAAUGAUCUUAGUAUAGAUGCAUUAAAUGUUGUUGCUGCAUUAUGUUCACUAUUUUCUAAACAAUCUGCUCUUUGUGUGUGUAAAGUUUUAAUUGAAACAUUAAUUUCGGAUUGGCAUAUUAAAAAAAAACGAACAAUGUUAUUAAUUGCAUUAUCAAAUGUAUUGCUUGAGCAUCCUUUUACAUAUGAAACAGCAAAAAAAGAAAAUUUGUUAUAUUUUAUAACUUCAAAAUUAAAAAUGAUGUUGCUUCAAAUAACUAAACAAUCAAGCCAAAAAUCUAAAACAUUACUAAAUCACUAUUUGGAAAUUGUGGGAUUUUUUUGUAAUAUAUUUCAUGGAUGUGUUCAAGCAAGAGAAGAUGCGUCCUCAGAAUUGCCAGAUGUAAUUCAUAAACUCUGGUCUAUUGUUAUUUCUAAUCCUAAAUCAGAUAUAUUAAUUAAUACAAUGCAAAUGCUUGUAUCACUUACAUCAAACUGUCCAUCUGCAUGCAGUGCAAUGACCAUGACUAGUAGCACACUUGGAGUAGACCCUAAAACAAAAAUUACUUCAUACUCGUUAUUUCAUGAUAUUAUUUCAUUAUUUAGCUAUUUUACUUUGCAUACAGAAAUAUUAAGUAUUAUGUUACUCUUAAUAAGUAAUUGCUGUCAAUCUCAAGAAUGCCGCGCAAUCAUUACAAAAAGCAAAUUAUUAUCUCAUAUUAUAUCAGUACCUAAUCUUAAAGAUAAAAAACGCUCUAAUAAAAUUGAACAAGAAUGUUUAAAUUUUUUAUUAAUCUUCACAAGUUACGACGAAGGACAAAUACAUCUCCUAAAAGUUAAUUAUGUUUUGGACAUUUUAGUAGAUCUCCUCAAAUCAAAUUUUAAAAAUGAUUCUUUAGCUAUUUUGAGAAACUUGUGUUUUAAUGUACAAAAUCGUGUUACUUUCUUAUCAUCAGAUGUAUUUUUAAAUGGAAUUAAAUCAAUGUUAGAAGAAGGAAAUCUCUCGAACCAAAACUAUAAAGAUAUUAGCUUAUCCAUGUGGUCAAUUGCUUGCAAUAAUCAAAAAGCAUGUUUAGAAUUACGCCAUUGGGGUAUAGAUAAGUAUUUUGAGAAAUGUGACUUGUCAUUAUGUAAUGAUGAAACUCGAAUGAUUAUGAAUUGUACAUAUAAAAUUUUAAGAAGCAAAUGUUUUGUACCAGGCACGAACAUAGGAGAAAUUAUGGGUACACUCUUUUUCACCUGA